UUUAAAUUGGUUGUCAGUGUGCAUUCGAGAUUCAGAAUUGCUUCAUCUCUCUAAUAGAGUAAUUGUGCUCGUGAAAAAAAAUCCUUAAAUUUUUCAAAAAUGUCUUUGGAACGUGCCGUACAAGCCAAAAUCGCUGGAAAGCGUAACCCAGCCCAAGAUGCCGAAGCACAAGAAUGGAUCGAAACAGUUCUUGGAGAAAAAUUCCCAGCUGGUGAGAAAUACGAAGAUGUCUUGAGAGACGGACAAGUUCUCUGCAAAUUGAUGAACAAACUCGUUCCCGGAGCUAUCCCCAAAAUCAACUCUACUGGCGGACAAUUCAAAAUGAUGGAAAACAUCAACAACUUCCAAAAGGCUCUUAAAGACUACGGAGUUCCCGAUAUUGAUGUUUUCCAAACCGUUGACUUGUACGAAAAGAAAGAUAUUGCCUCGGUAACAACUUGCUUGUUCGCCCUCGGUCGUGCCUGCUGGAAGCACCCCGAAUUCCCCGGACCACAAUUGGGCCCCAAACCCGCUGAUGAAGCCAAGCGUGACUUCACCGAAGAGCAACUCAAUGCCGGCAAGACUGUCAUCGGUCUCCAAGCUGGAACAAACAAGGGCGCCACACAAGCUGGACAAAACAUAGGCGCAGGCCGCAAGAUCAUUUUGGGCAAGUAAAUUGCACAAAAGAAGUCAAAGCGUUCAAAAUCCCCCCUUUCCCCCCCUCUCAUUUCCCAAAAAACACACAAAAAAACCUUCUCACUCCUUUUUCCCUUUUCUUUCAAAAUUUCCAUGCACUUCCCGAUUAUCCUGUCGCGCACACUUUGUCUAAAUAAAAUAUAUGUAAGUAAGAAAAAAAUUUUAUAUAUUAAAGAAAAACAAGAAAAA